AUGGGUACAUCAGGUAAAGAUGGCGGUAAUGUUAGUCAAGUAGAAACCUACAGAAAUGGUGCUGUUUUCACUAUGCAGAGAAACUUCAAAAUAUUUGCCCGGGCAGUCUUUGCCCUGAAUCGCAUUGGUGAUGAACUAUAUCUGGAACCAAGUCGUGAGGGGCUGGCAUUACGUUCUUUAAACUGUAGCAAGUCAGCAUACGCUGCCUUCCUUUUCUCCACUACCUUUUUCGCUUCAUAUGAUGUGGACCAAAUUAGGGAUAGUGAAAACAACUUGUGUAGAAUAUCGAUGAAGCCUGCACUGAUGGCAUUCAAAUGCGCAAAAACCUUAGAGAAGUCCGUCUUGGCGUGUAGUCUGUUUAUUAAUCCUAAGGCUGAUACAAUGCUUGUUCAACUUACCCACACUUACGAUAUUGUCAAAUCUCACGAAAUCCCUCUACUUGAAUGCACAACUGCGUUUCGAAAUAUUGUUGAUAAAGCUGACCUUAAAUACAAUUUAACUGCAUCGUCAAGUUUACUGCUAUCUUUACUAUCCGAAAUCCGGCAAGAUACAUCAGACGUAACAUUUAAAGCAGGAAAGGAAGUUUUUGCUGUAAAGAACUACAUUAACAGAGAUCACGAAUUGGAGAAGUUAGUAAAAACUGAAGUGAAAGUACCAACAACGGAAUUUGGAAGGUUUAAUGUUUCGCAGGAAGUGGAAAUAACGGUUAACCUUAAGGAAAUCAAGGCUUUUGUCGUAUAUGCAGAUUACUUGCAGUCACCUCUUAAUUUAUACUUUGAAGAAGCUGGAAGUCCACUAGUAAUUGCACUAGAAAACGAUGUCCACUUUACUGGGGAGUUAGUAGUCGCGACGGUUGAUAAAAACUACACCAUCUUUGAACCAAGUUAUCUGCGUCCACAACCAGUGGAGCAGCGUGAACCACUGAAAGAGAACGUUCAAGUUUUCUGCCCCUCUACUUCAGAAGUCGGUAAACAUCUUUCGACAGCCGCUUCGGUCCAGCCAUUCGACCAGCGUGGACCACUAGAUGAGGAUGACGUUCAAGUUUUGUGUUCCUCCGCUUCAGGAGGCAGCAAACGUCCUUCUACUGAUCCUGGGACUUCAUCGUCAAGCACCUUUGCUAAAAAACGUUUGGAGGAGCCAAGCAUGCAAGAAAACCAAGCUACAAAUCCAGCAGUAGUUGAGACUGGGAUUGAUCAUGAAAAGACGCCAACAAGCAAAACGUUUGCAACGCAGAAUUCUUCUGAUUCGAAAUUUCGUCAGUAUUUUCUUUCGAGCAGUCAGCGCACUCUCGACGCAAGUCAGAUAUUUAUGGAUAAAACUGUUCUUGCUCCCGACUCUGAUGAAGAAGGUUAA